AUGGAUGCUGAAAUAUGUAAGAACUUUCUUUUAGUAAGGGAGAAUUUCCACGAUCAAUUGGACAGUGACGAAAAGUAUACAUUUAAAGACGAACAUUUCAAAGAUUAUUGUGCUAGUGGUUGUAAUAAUGAUUUCGAAAAAAUUAAUGCUGGGUGCUUAUAUUUUUUUGAUGCAUUCUUUAAGGAUUCUUCUUUGUUUAAGCAGGUUGCAAAAAAUAACAUCAAUAUUGUUGAUUACAUUAUAAUAUGGUUAAGUUAUAUGUUAAGCCUAAUGAAAAGUGAAUUAAACCAAAGUCUAGGUUUUUUUUAUAAAACAUAUAUGAAGGGUGGUAAUAAGUAUACAAAUACUAUAGCUGAUAUUAGUGAAUAUAAUAGUUAUAUAGAACUUAUAAGUAAAAACCACAAUUUGGAAAAUGUGAAUAUGAAUAAAAAUAUUAUAUCUAAAUUUUAUGGUGCAUUUAAAUUAUUAUGUGAAAUUUAUAUUGAAUUUGAUGAAAACACGUCAAAUUGCACAAAAUGUUCGGGAAAAGCUGAUCAAUUUGUUGAAAAAUAUAAAGAACUUAAUGGAGAUUCUAGUAUUACUACAAAUAGUUCAUAUAGUAAAGUAUUGUGUACUUUAUCAAGUGAUUAUGAUAAUUUAAAAAAUAAAUGUAAAAGUUUUACAUCCCUUCCAGAGAUAACAACAAAAUGUUCUGCACAAAUGUCUGUAGUUACAGCAUCAAGUUCGUCGAUAACAAACAAAUUAUUACUAGUUUUAUCGAUAUUUGGUGCAAUAGGAAUUUUUUUAGGAAUUUCUUAUAAGUAUUCAUUAUUUGGAUUUCGGAAACGAGUUCAAAAACAAUAUUUAAGAGAAAAGCUAAAAAAUGUAAAGAAGAGAAUGAAUCAUUAA